GACGAAUUGGGACACGGCAAAGUAAUGAUGGAUCGGGCCAAGCCGGUCAAUAUCUUUGACGGCAUGUGGACCUGCACUCUGGUGCGUGGAAAGAACACUGCAGCCCGCGAAUUAGAGGCGUUGACGACGGACGCAGACGAAGGAGCGGCUAGCAGUACAACAGAUGGAUCGGCGAGUGGGAAAAAGAAAAGUGCUAAUGGUGCUGCUGGGGGUGAUCAUCAAAAUGCGAAUGCUUCUGUUAGUCUUAAGGGAACAACACCAGGAGCUGGAGCUCCUGCUGCGGAAAAGGAUAGGACAGAGGCUAAAAGUGGUGAUAACAAGGAUACAACUGCGAGAACCUCAUCAAAAGAAGGUAAUAAGUCUUCAAAGGAUGCUGGCAAGCCUCCCGUCGCCGCUUAUAAGCAAAAACGCACUGCCAUCUUAGCUCAACAGCAAUCCUCUACUAAGGGUGACUUGGCUGCAGACAUCCUGGACCCUGAAGAGGAUCCUGAGAAUGUCCGUGAAGUUAUAACGGUUGCUCGUGGUUGCUUUCCUAUGAGCCAAAUUCGUCAUCUACGUCCCGAUGGUCAGUGGUGUGAGUGGCUCCUACGGGCUCCAGGAACCGGACGCGAGAAACCAGACCCGAUGCCUAAGGAGUUCUACUUGGAGGCUCCAGAUUGGACCAAAUUCACUUUGUGCGAAGAAGAAUCUGACUCUUUGACCAAGCUGAAAAAAGCUCAAUCCGAUCCAACGUGUAAGAAAAUCGUGUGGAAGAAUCAAGCGCAGUUCAGACCGCCAGUCGAUUCGCAGUAUUUGCGGCAUUCCAUGUUCACAGAUCUGGAGAAGAUCAUUUGGCGUCGCGUGGAUGUGAUUCAAGAGUUAGACGGCAGAUGGCAGUUUGAGCUUGGGACUAUGCAGGAAGUUUCAGAAAGCGGAAACCGAGUGCUGGAAUUUGUAGCAGACGAUCCUGAGGAAGCCUUGUGUGUCGCUAGCGAAACCGAGUCCGAGCCUGAGUUCUCCUUUCAGGUCAGCGCAAAACCGAAGAUACGUGCAUUGGGAGCUGUGAUUUCGGCAGGAAAGAACGCGGAAAAGAAAAGGUCGAAACAACGUUCUUCUUCGAAGUCGGGUUCAUCUGCUCAUGGGGGCCAAGGUCAACGAGAAGAGACAGCAGCAUUGCCCUCAGAUCCUUCUUUUGAGACGAACAAAUACCGUCGGAAACUGAUACAAACUACAACGGAAACUGUCUUGACGGUCAAAUCUGCUGUUGUCAUGGUCAACAACCAGCCUGCUAGUGUGCUCGAAAGAGACGCGAAGAACGAUGGCUGUCCUCGGUUCCCGCAGACGUUGGAAGAGCGUGGCAACUUUUUCAUUCUCGAGUCUCCCGAUUACAAUCUAGUCAAAGCCGGUGGGUACGGCCUAAAAAGCUUGCAGGAGUUGCGGUUUCGUGUCCAAUUUCCGCGUACAGAAGAGGAACGCCGGAUUCGGAUGCGUUGGGUGAGGGAGCCGGAACCCGAUGCCAAGGUGCGCCGACUGCUUAAGGGACUAGUUGGCAAGUGGGUCUUGGAAGUGUAUGCAGAGCACGAGUCGGACAGCCCAGAGAGCUAUAUGAACGUCACAGUGGAGGCGGAUGGCACGUUUCGAGUAGAAGGGGAGAUCUAUCGCUACAGACUGAAGGGCCCGAACAAACAGCAUAGUACUCUGCAUUUCGAUUUGCCGCAAAGACCUAUGGUUCGUACCAAGGAGGAAGAGACGCCUUCUCUAGAUAGCGAGAGCACUGCCUUGGAUAAGUCCAAUGACGGAGCAGGAGAAAACUCGCCUGUAACAAGUCCAAGCAAUGGUGCCAAUGCCAAUGAUAUUACAACUAAGCAAACAGCUGCAUUGAUGAAAGGUGGCACUGGUUCUUCGCCCCGUGCUUCUCCGCGUCGCUCUGGAAGUGGGAUGAUGGGAAACACGACUCGCAAGCGCGUCGCCAAGGAGCUUGCAGCCAGACAACAAGCUCUGCAAGAGGCAUCGCACAGUGCUCCGCGUAAACAAUCCGCGAUGUUGCUAAAGUCAAGCUGCCAAGCAGGCGACGACCGCAUGAUCUUCCAACUCUGUAGAGGAGGUGUAGGACCUUGGCAAUUGCACUUCGUGAAGGCCUCUCCAUGGUCGAUCUUAGGUAUGACGCCGGGAGAGAAGGUGAGUGGAGCGGAUGGAAAGAAACGCGCAGAACUAGCAGCGUUUGAUGGGGUUUAUCGCAUGCUCUACACAGGACACGUGAAGAAAACUAUUGCUGUUACAACCACAACGUCCUCAACAGGUGAAGUUGCUGCUUCACCUGCAGCCCAGGGUCGCGAACAGGACGCCGUAUCUGGUGUUAGCACGAUUGCUGCUGUAAGCAGUACAACAAGUACGGGGAAUUUGUCUAGUGCUAGUGCUACUGCUGUCUCAACGAUUGACGUUCCCCAAGCCGAGAGCUUCCCAGUCACGUGUGAGCGUGGUAGCUUUGUCCUGCCAACAGGCGAGGUAGCGCGGUUGGAAGUCGCCAAUGCGCGUGUGCCGCAGAUGCACUUUCACUGUCCUUCAAGAUUUGCAAAGCGGCUCUUCACUGAAGAAGAACUAGCAAAGUUGCCAGACCCACGCAAAGUGAUUUUCCACUUAACCAAGGCUGCAAGAGCGUCAGCACACAUGCAGGAGUUCUACCAGUGGAUGCCACCUUCUAGUGGGAAAAAUGGAGGUAAUCAGGCCUCUCGGGAUACUCACAACACCAAUUUGCAAGAGGAAGAUGAUGACGAAGAGGAGGACUUUCUUGUUCCUAAGAAAAUCACUCUCGAAAAGAUCACGUUUCUAGACAAAAUCCCGGUUGAGAACCCUUUGCAUUCCUUGAUGUCGCCGAAAUUGGCCACGUAUUUGGCGAAAAAGGCCCCGCCAUCUUCCAAGACCGUCCACUUCGCUGAGUCAGUCGAGAUCCGCAACCUUUUGCCGCAACUAGGACCACGCGAACAGGAUUUUCCUUGCACCUUAGCCUUGCGCGUGCAUUUCGACAAGGAGAAUCACGAAGACCCAGAGGAAUCUCUACUACAAGUGGUUCCACCCGCA